AUUCAAAUGUUAACUUGUGAGGAAGAAGGAAUGUUCCAUUGCCAUAAAACAAGAGAGGAAAUUCAAAAGUGUGUAUAUUCCCAUUACCUUCCUGUAAAGUGUGAAUCGUUAUAAUUAAUUAACAAAAUUGUUAGAUUAUUGACGUGGCUGCAAUCAUGCAUGGUCGGUAUUGUUAAUUUUGAAAAAGUUAGAGACAUCGUAUUGGUGGAACAUUGACGACAAAUGAAGACUUAAUUGCGAAGACCAAAACAUCCUUGUAGUACUGUUAACAACCACAGAAGGCGACGAAUAGGGAUAUUUAUUCUUUCAGCCACAGAAGGCGACGAACACGGACCACAUUUGAUGGCUCUGCUCAGUGAUCUCAUAAACUUGGACCUCUCUCAGGUCACCAAGAAAACCAUUGCUGAAUACAUAUGGAUUGGUGGAUCGGGGAUGGAUCUUAGGAGCAAAGCCAGAACUCUCCCUGAACCCAUCACUGAGCUUUCAAAGCUACCAAAAUGGAACUAUGAUGGUUCCAGCACAGGUCAAGCCACUGGUGAAGACAGUGAAGUCAUCCUCCUCCCAAAGGCCAUUUUUCCUGAUCCUUUUAGGAGGGGAAGCCACAUUCUUGUGAUGUGUGAUACUCAAACUCCGGCUGGAAAGCCGAUCCGAAAACCCCGGAGGCAUGGUACUUCGAAGAUCUUUACUCAUCCCUACGACGAGGUGGAGGUGCCAUGUGAUGGGGUUGAUCAAGAAUAUACCUUAUUACAGAAGGAUGUCAAGUUGCCUUUAGGCUGGCCGGUCGGAGGAUUCCCCGGUCCGAAGGGUCCGUACUACUGUGGUGUCGGCGCAGACAAGGCCUUUGGGCGCGACAUAGUCGGCGCUCAUUAUAAAGCGUGUCUCUUUGCUGGGAUCAACAUAGGUGGAAUCAAUGGCGAAAACAUGCCUGGCCAGUGGGAAUUCAGAGUCGGGCCAGCAGCCGGGAAGUCUGCGAAAUAUCAGCUGUUGGCUGCGUGCUACAUUCUUGAGAGGAUUACUGAGGCUGCUGGCGUGAUCCUCAUCCCCCGAGCCAUGUUUCAACGCUUUACAGAAUCGGCAUUGAAAGUUAUUACACUUGCACAAGAAGAGGCUAGACAGCUUGGGCACAUUGUUGUAGGAACUGAGAAAAUCUUACUCGGACUUAUUGGAGAAGAAGUCGGCAUUGCUGCUAAGGUCCUCAAUUCUGCUGGAAUAAACCUCGAGAAGGCUCGGGUAGAGGUUGUAAAGCAAAUAGGACGAGGUAGUGAAUUUUCUGCUGUCGACAGACCUUUUACUCCCGGGGCUAAACGAGUUUUUGACCUUUCUCUAGAGGAAGCUCGUCAGCUUGGCCAAAAUAACAUCGGAUCCGCGCACUUGUUGCUGGGAUUGCUUCGAGAGGGUGACAAUGACUUUGGAGGUUUCCCUAUGUUCAUGGGCAGUUCUAAUAAAUCUGGAAGCGUGGCUGCUCGUGUCCUCGAGAAUUUAGGCGCUGAUCUGCGUAAGAUUCGAACUCAGGUUGUUAAAGCUCUUGGUGGAAAGAUUCAUGCUCUGGAGAAGUAUGGAACAAACUUGACCAAGCUUGCAGAAGAGGGGAAGAUAGAUCCUGUUGUCGGGAGACAGGAGCAAAUCGAGCGCGUCGCGCAAAUUUUAGGACGGCGUACUAAAAACAAUCCUUGUCUCAUUGGAGAGCCUGGAGUCGGGAAAACAGCCAUUGCUGAGGGGCUGGCUCUGCGAAUAGCUGAUGAAGAUGUUCCGGAGGCGAUUUUAGGGAAGAAGGUUAUUACACUGGACAUGGCUCUCCUCGUCGCGGGGACAUGUUAUCGCGGUCAGUUCGAGGAGAGGUUGAAGAAGGUGAUGGAGGAAGUUAAGCAGAACGACGACAUUAUACUCUUCAUCGAUGAGGUGCAUAUGUUGGUCGGAGCUGGAGCCGCGAAAGGAGCCAUGGAUGCUGCAAACAUCAUGAAGCCUGCAUUAGCUAAAGGUGAACUGCAGUGCAUUGGAGCAACGACGCUAGAUGAAUACCGGAAGCACAUUGAGAAGGAUCCUGCGUUGGAAAGAAGGUUCCAAUCCGUGAAGGUGCCCGAAUCGACAGUCGAGGAAACCAUCAAGAUUCUUAAAGGCCUUAGACACCGGUACGAGAUUCAUCACAAGGUUCGUUAUGCUGACGAAGCUUUAGCCGCCGCGGCGCAGUUGUCCUAUCAAUAUAUCAGUGACCGUUUUCUGCCGGAUAAAGCAAUCGACUUGGUUGACGAAGCUGGUUCGCGCGCGCAGCUUCGCCGUGCUCCGCUCCCUGAGGAAGCUAGCGAGCUCGAUGAAGACGUAAGGCAAAUCGCCAAGGAGAAAAGUAAAGCUAUUCAAUGCGAAGACUUUGAGAAGGCAGCGGAGCUACGCGACAGGGAGAAGGAACUCAAGGCUCAAAUAGCGGUUCUUGUCGAGGAAAUGAGGAAGGCAGAAAAUGAGGCCGGGGAUGGAGGCGAUCCUGUCGUCACAGAAGCCGACAUUCAGCACAUUGUCUUUUCAUGGACAGGCAUUCCGGUGGAGAAGGUUUCGGCUGUCGAAUCCGAUCUCCUCCUUAAAAUGGAGGAGUCUCUUCACAAGAGGAUCAUCGGGCAAGAAGACGCAAUCAAAGCCAUUAGCUGCGCUAUUCGUCGUGCUCGUGUUGGGCUAAAGAAUCCCAACAGACCUAUUGCUAGCUUCAUCUUUUCUGGUCCGACUGGUGUCGGGAAAUCCGAGCUCGCGAAAGCGCUCGCUUAUUACUACUUCGGAUCCGAGGAUGCGAUGAUCCGGCUGGAUAUGAGUGAGUUCUCGGAUAAAUAUACUGUCUCAAAGCUGAUCGGUUCGCCUCCUGGCUAUGUUGGUCAUCUCGACGGCGGGCAGCUGACCGAGGCUGUUCGACGCCGUCCUUACACUGUUGUCCUGUUCGAUGAGAUUGAGAAAGCGCAGUCGGAGAUUUUCAAUGUAAUGCUUCAGAUUUUGGAGGAUGGAAGAUUGACAGACAGCCAAGGCAGGACAGUGGACUUCAAGAACACACUUUUGAUCAUGACGUCGAAUGUUGGGAGCAACGAGAUCGAGCAGGGUAGCCGGAGCCUCGAUUCAGCUGUGGAUAACGUCGAGAAGGAUCGAAUUCACAGCCGGAUCAAGAAAUUGGUGACGGAGAAGCUGAAACAGAGCUUCACCCCUGAGUUCUUGAACAGAUUGGAUGACAUGAUCGUCUUCAAACAGCUGACGAAGAUGGAGGUGAGGAAGAUAUCCGACAUCAUGCUGAAGCAGGUAUUCGAUCGGCUUAAGAAAAAGGAUAUAGAGCUGCAGGUGACGGAGAGGUUCCGAGACAGAGUCGUCGAGGAAGGAUAUGAUCCGAGCUACGGCGCGAGACCGUUAAGAAGGGCUAUUACAAGGCUUCUUGAGGACAGCAUGGCUGAGAAAAUGCUGGCACAGGAAAUUCGAGAAGGCGAUUCGGUUGUUUUGGACGUCGAUUUUAAUGGGAAUGUGAUCGUUGCCGAUAGAGGGGACUAGAUAUGUUCUUACAGGCUUGGAGUGGAAUGAAUUCUUGGACAAUGUUGGUUCUGGUUUGUUGGUAAAUACUAAGUUUUCUUUUGCACAGAUUUUGUUUCUCAGAGAUGAGAUGUAGACACAGUGCAGAUGCAGAGAUGAUUCUUGGACUGUUAGUGUUAUAGCAUCUGUCGUUUUUCUUGUAUUCUGAUUGCAUUGGUUGGUUCAUCUUCUUUCUUGGC